CCCGCUUUACCCUGCUAAAGGGUUGAGACCGUUAUCACUGCGCAAGCCAUCAUUUACCAGCAGCAGCAGCGGUAGCAUCAACGCUUGUCCACCCCCACCACCCACACCGCACAGCGCCGGCAGCCAUUGCACCAACAACACCACAACCAAUAACAACAACUACAACUACAACAGCAACACAAAUAGCACAACAACAACUACAACAAACAAUAGCCACAGCACAGUAGGCGCAGCCACAUGCAAUAAUCACACUAACCAACACAAAGCGAAAGGUGGCAGCACAACCACAACAACAACAACAACAACUGCAACACAUACGUUAGACGCGCUAGGUACACCAACAGCCAGCAGAAAGGGCAGUACACCGGGCAAUCCAUUGCAGGUGAAAUAUUUUGAAUUCCCACCGAAUCUCGCGCUACUAGCAACCGGUUCAACACCAUCGCUGGCGACAACAACAGCCGUCGCUUUAGCCGCAUCCACCACAAGCACCCCUGCACUCACAUCCGCCACUAAUUCACCCAAACAUUUCUACCAACCACAACAUCACUCACACUAUUACCAACCGCAUUUACACCAACACCCACACCCACACCACCAUCAUUCCAGCAAAGUCAACGCACAUCAACAGUCGCAACAUCAAAUAGCACAACAGUCGCGCCAACAUUACCAACACCACUCAAAGCAAUCGCGUGCCGAAUUCGACACCGAUUUUAGCAGCGAAGCCGAGGAGCAACUAAGCCCGCCGUCAGUCCUAAACGAAGCGGGUGUAGAAGUCGUUUUAGCCACGCCACCAGCAAAUAAAAUGGGCCGACGCGAAAUUAAGCGGUCGAACACCAGCGGUUCAACCAUAAAGUCCUACGAUGGUGGUAGCGCAACCACAAAUUUUGUGGGGAAAUUCACGCAGAGUGUCCGUCGCAUUGUACAAGAUGUCAAGGACGAGGGAGCGCCAAGUGGCAUGACACGCGACGAGGUAAUCGAUACCAAUGAACGUUUAAGAGCACUACGCUUGCGGCUGGAGGAGUCAUAUGAGACAGCUAAGAAAGCGCUUAUAACGCUCAUGAAUAAAUAUGGCGAUUCUAAGAGUCAACGCAAUGUGUUCCAGCGUUAUCCAAUGCUGAAGAUGAUGAUAAAAGACGUUAUACGCUUAGAGACGCAAUAUUGGACGCUGAUUGACAUACCCAGGCAGGAGAAACAAGAGACCGUGCCCUCAUAUGUGAUGCGUGCUUGUGCGAUUAUGGAGAAGACACAGAAAUCCGGUGAAGGUGUGAAGACUUCAGCCAAAUUGGCCGAGGAGGCAGCGGAGAAGCGCGAACGCAUGGAACGUUUGGAAGUUAUGACCACCGCACAAAUCGAACACGAGAACACACAACUCAUAAAUGAUUUAUAUCGACUGCUGAAAAAAUAUUUGGGUCUGCGGCAUUUAAUCAGAGUGCUCAAGGAAGAUUAUGGCAGCUCCAAAAUGUAUCCGAUUUUCCCGCGUUACACAAUGCUCAAAGACAUGAUCAAAGGCAUUAUGCACGAUCCGGACUACAUGGAAGUUUGUCAUGAAAUCAACAACUGAACCGCGCAUUAAAAUAUUAUAGAUGAUUAAACAAAAAGUUAAUCCAUGAUAGCUAUUGCAUGUAAAAUGUCAGCUGAAACCUAUAUGUAGCUGCACACAUACACUAAGGAGCAAAAAUAUGUAGACAAAUGCAAGAAAAACAGAAAAGCUGAAUAUUUAGAUACAAUUUUUAUGCGAAACUAAAGCCAAAGCAAAUAGCCAAGUAAUAUUUGGAAUUAGUAAGACAAAUACAUAUAGCUCUAUGUGUGUGUGUAACUAAAUUUCAUAAACUCCAGCGUUUAAAGCGGUUCGUAAGGCUUAGACUUUAAGUUAAAUUAAUAAAUAAAUGAAACAAGUAUUAAAUUACAUUAAAUGGCUUUAUAAAGCAGUUCACUAGCCAACAUAAGUACUUAAAAUGUAACAAUUUAUAUACAAACAAAUCAACAAACAACAGCAACUUACCAAACAAGAAUUUAAACAAUUUUCACUCGUACCUACAUACAUACAUACACACACAUAAAUGGAAGACAAACAAAUCGAACACACAUGCGCACACACAAGGCAACAAAAACGUAUGAAAAGUACAUACAUACAUACAAAGUUCAUAUACUCGCAUAUAACUAUAUAUGUGUAUGUGUGUGAACACAAUUAUUGCCUUUAAAGCAAAAAUAUCACCCGAAGCCUUGCCACAGCGUUAUUUACCAAGCAAAAUGCCAAGAAUUCGAGCAUUCGAUAAAUUGUUGUGCAGAGGACAGGCAUUACAAACACAAAGAGACACACACACACAUACAUAGAUUCAUACAAAAAAGUUAGUAAACAUUUGUAUGUGUGUGUGUGAGUUGAGCACUAAAGGUAACUACUUCCAAGUACCAACAAAUUAUACCACCGAACUAAGAACUACAGCAAACAGGACACCACCAAUUACAUACAAGCACACACACACAUACAUAUAUAAGCCUGCGCUGAGCUGCCUUGCGAUGGCAUGUCGCAGCUAUAAAAUACAAACAGUAAAUAUCAACAGACACUUUUGCAACUAUAAAUGUGCGCUUAAAUUGCUUUCUUAAGAAUUUACAACAAACAACAUCACUUACAAUAACAACAACACAACUGCUAAGUAUCACAACUGGCUUCUAGCUAUCACACAGCCACAUAUCCAUAUGUACGUACACACCACACACACGCAUAUAUAGAACACAUUGAACAUUUUAUAGCUAGAAACUUAGAUGUGUGCGAACAUGUAGCAACAAUUAAAUUUGUACCGUUAUUUUACAAAUUUACGAUAACUCAAACAACAAACAACACAAAUUCAAAACAUAAAACAGGAAAACACGCUUUUUAUAGUCAAAAUUGCUGCAACAACAACACAAACUUAGCAACUUAAGAAUGUACAUAUCUUACAGUGCGACAAAAAAGUAAACGGAAAACACUUUAAAGCGUAAAUUCAAGUGGAAAUUAAAAACAAAAAACAUUAAUACAAAAUAUACAAACAACAACAAGAAUAAACUGUUGAAAUAAUUUCUGUACUUUGAGCCUGAAAAUAAACUAUUUCAAGUGAUUAUACACUCAAACACACAAACCAUACAAAACAUAGAUGUUUUAGAUAAAUAUAUAAAAAAUACACAAAUGUCAUAUGAAUAUGAAAGCUAUAAACAUAUGGUGAAUAUAUGUAUAUCAUUAACUAUAGUUAGACAAUAUGCGGGAAUUAUUCCCGAAAAAAUUAAAAAAAAAGUUAUAAAAAAUAUAUUUGCUUAAGCAGAUUGAAUAUUUAUAAUUUAAUAAUUUUUAUUUGAAACUUUUCAACUUCACAGCUCCAUGUCAUGUAUUAACUGUCUAUGUUGCAUCAGGCGUUAGAGUGUGGCAAAUCGAACAAAUUAUAUCAACUGCUCACGCUGGAAGCAUGGACAACAUGGUACGAAACUCUUUGAUUCUAGGAACUGAACUUCAUCUGGUACCGCAAAGAACCAAAACUGGUGUAUGCGUGGCUUAUUGGCCUACCAGUUUUACCUAACUUAACCAAAUCUCAUGCGAGAGAGCGCCGUCUUUUUUCUUAAAAAACUGUAUUUAUCUAUAUCUUUAAAUGAAGAUUGUAAACAUACGUAAACUUCACUCAAAACUAUGAUCUCACAAAUUAUUCACUAAUUUCGCAAUUUAUUUCAGCAGGAUUCUUAGUGUUACUAGCCCAUAUACUUUCUCUGCUAAAAAAGCAAAUACAGGAGUUUCGAAUCAUUAUAUCCAUGACUGGCCGCACUCAUUGUGCAUUUUGAGCAAAUAUGCUUUCUUUUUUAUAGUGGGCGAAGCAUCGAAAGCCGGAAUGCGAAACUUUAACCUCGAGAUCCCUCAACGGAAUGCUAAUAAUUUUAUUAAAUUUAUCAGAAGUUCUAUUUUGUGUAUAUUUUUUUCUGAACAUUUUGCAACAGAAACCAAUUUCCAGCUAUUGAAUUAGGAGCUAUAUGACCUCCUGCAGGAACUCAACCUUUCAAUCCAUUCAUUAAAUACAGCUAUUUUUUAAACCACUGAAAAGCUACAUUCUUUUAAUAAAUUUUAAGAAUUUCAAAGAUUUAAAAAAUAAUAUAUUUUGACAGAAAUCAUUUAUCUCAUUCAUUUUCAAUCUUAUGAGCUACAAAUAAAGACCAACUGAACAAUCUGCACAUUUGAAGUUGCUCCGAAAAGAAGAUUGAGUCCGUAAUUUCGACGUGCAUUACCUUUCUAGGGUUAAUCAGCUAAAAAUGCCACGCUCCCGCGGAACUAGUGGAUUACGUAUUACUUCGUACAUUUUAUUUCGUUUCUAUUAUAAGCACUGACAUACGUCUAAUAUGUUGAAAAAGUCAUAGGUUUCUGACAUUUCGCUGACAGCUUCCUAUUUCUCAGUGGACUGGCACAUGAGUAUCGUCUGCACUGUAGUUUUUCCCUUGUAUUUAAUAGACCAGAACAAUUAAAGAACACGUGUCGAGAGUCUUUUGUGCACCCUUUAGAUGUCGGAUAGUUCGGUCUAAUGUCAUUUUGAAAUCUGUAGAGGUAGUUUCUAGAGAUCCCUUGUACACUUAGUACUUGAAUUAGUUGGAAAUCCAGGUAUAUCUAGGUAUGUCGCUUGCCUAUCCACGAAGCGAUGUUCGGUAUCUCACAUGCAGUGGCAAGGCCACUGUGUUUUGGAUGAGGAUUGCCACCGCUGCUGCAAUUGUUUCCAAAGGAUUAUAAAUUCUCUAAGCGUGUGCUUAACUUUUCUUUUUUUAAGGUCUGUGUACUAUUAGAAUAUAUAAAUAAUAUUUUUCGUUUAAGCACAAAUUUUGUAUUGUAAAUUUUGACAGAUAUUCGGUAUUAAAAACAUUAUAAAUAUUGUUUUUAAGAUAGUCGCACUCAAAGUUACCGAGAAGGGAAAUGGCGAGUUGAUAACAGCAUACUAAGUUGCCAACAAUAGCCUCUAAACUAUAUGUAUGUUAAGCAGAGUGGCCAAAUGGCUUUCUUUCAUUCUUUUGCUUUGUGAAGUUUACUUGAUAUUUUCAAGUACAUAUGUAAAGGGUGAUCCAUUACAAGGUUCCCUCCUUUUUUUUUUAAAGAAAAACGCAGAAACUUCAAAUUUAAUGGGGAAUGUUUGUUAUCAUUUGAAAGAACUCUCUCAAUAAAUCUAUUAAUUGAUGCCAUUUAUGGGCUGUGGCGCUGUCUUGUUCAAACGGAAGGGCGCCGAGAUCACGAGCUUGAAUUUCAGGCAUCAAUUAGUCGAUAGUUAUACUAUUAAUAAGUUUUAGAUAAUUUUUCAUCGAUUAGACCAAAGCUUUACGUGACUAACUGAAGAAAACUAUUUUCUUAAUCCUAGAAUCCAUUCUUUAUAGGUCCAUAAUGGAAUCCAUAGAAAAUAAAUUAAAAUUAAUUAUUUAGUAGUCAUAAUGAUGAUAGAAAUGGUUAGGAAAUUCCAAAAUUGUUUAAAGAAAGCUGCUGAGAGUUCCAUUUAAGUCCAACAUCUGUUUCAAAAUUAUUUAAUUUUUUUUUUACUAAAUACAAAUACGCUUUAAUAAACAUCUCCUGAAAUUUUGUUGCUCACAUAUAAUAAUCAAUUGAGAUUGGAAGCAUCCUUACUAAGAAGAAAUCAAAAAUUAUUGCGAAAUAUACAAUACUAUUAACUAGCUAAAAUUUAAAGAAAAACUGAAUAAUUAAACUAAAAUACACAUGACUGUAAGUACAUGCAUACAUAUGCAUUGAUAUGCAUAUAUGUAUAUGUAUAACGGUACAUUUGCAUGGUAAAUUUGUACAAAAAUAUUUAUUUAUACCACAAAUACAUACAUAUUUAUAAGAAACCAGAAAAUAUGUGCUUACUCGAAGCGCGAACUUAUAAAAAACAAAAACUAUAAUCAAAAUGAAGUAGAACAAACAAAAGCAAAAUAGAAAGCGUAAUAGAGAAAUUACAAUUUUGCAAACAAAAUAGAAAAUAAAUAUUGGAAAAUAUGAAAAAAUAUUCAAAUUAUACGCUUACUCCAAAGAAACGCAGAGUUUUGAUAUGUCGUGAUUUUGCAUAGAAACAAAAUAGAAACCAAACAACAAAGUAUUAGUUAAAACACAAAUAUAUAUUUAAAAAAAAAUAAAAAAAUAUUAAUAAAAUUAAUCGUACGCAUAUGUUGCAUGCAAUAAAUUCUUGAACAAGAAUUAAAAUAAGCAAAAAAUAUAAAACUAUUAAAUAUAUAAAGCAAUUGACAAAGUAUUAAAGUUUGUAGGUUAAUUUAGCAAAACUAGCAUAUGCAUAACCUAUAAAUUAACCAAAAUAAAUUAUAUUAAUAAUGGUACUACAACAAAAACUGCAGUUAGCUUAUAUGUGAGCUUUAAUUUGUAAAGUGUUUCGUAACUUUUUAUAUUUUUGAAAAACAAGUCUAACUGUAAACGUGUACUAAAUUUAUAACUAGAAAGUGCGCUGUCAACUAAUUUUCGUAAAUUUUCCUUUUUCUCAUUUCGUCACCUAAAAUGCAAAACAGCGUAACAUCAAAAAAAUCGAAUUAGAGUUUGAGUUUUUUGAGUUCCGCUAUCAGAUAUAACCAAUAUAUAACCAUUAUAUAACCAAUUUUUAACAAAUAUAUAACCACUUUAUAACCAAACUAAGAUUUUUUUUCAUCAUGAGUGGUUUCUAUUAUAUCGUUUUUCCUUCACCUGUAAACUUCUGAAAAGAAAUGUUAGAUCUUUUCAGCUUCCGCUGUCAGAUAUAACCAAUAUAUAACCAUUUUAUAACCAAAACUCAAUUUUUUUUUAAAUGAGCGGCUUCUAUUAUAUAGUUUUUCCUUCUCUCGUAAAUUUAUAAAAAGAGAUGUUGCGUUAUUUUGCAUUUUCCGUGACGAUUCGUUAUUUCAGUUUACUACUAAUUGUGAACUAAAGAAACUCUUAAUUUAAAUAGCGAGGUUUCAUAACAACUUCUCUAUCAGAAAAAACAAAAAAAACUUACAAACAUUCAAUAACAGAAAUAUUUCAAAAUUUUACGACAUUUUAUUUCAAAUACCAAAACGCUUAUAAUUAUUUUUUGCUUAGCAAAUAACUAAAACCAAUAACAGUUUAAAAUUGCUUUUAAAAGUGAAUAUGGAUUAAUAGCUUUGCAUUUAGAGCUUUUUACGAUAAACUAAAGAACAAGUUACACUAAAACCAGAAUCAAAACCAAAAAAAAAAACA